AUGCAGCAUUCUGAGUUGGCAAAUGAGUUGGUCAAUGUUAGGACAGAUGAGGUGGAGCUUGAAAGAAAUGAUGUGGCACAUGAGGUUAUGGAUGACCUGGAAAGAGCAAAUAUAGUUGUUGAUGUUGGGGAAAUGGGACCACCAAACACAUAUACGGGUUAUAAAGAAUGUUUAAGUGUUAACCCUAGAUCUAAAACAAAUAACUCAGAUGCUAUUUCAACCCUAAAGCUUACACCAAUUGAGAGAGGUUUAACCCUACAGCAACAACUUUCUGAUUUUGAGGAUAGUAGUGAUGAUGAUUACAGUUGCGGUCAUGAGGAUGAAUAUGAGCAUGAUUCUGAUUUUGCAUUGAAUGUUGAUGAUGAAGGUAUAGCAAGCUAUCCUACAUUCAAUCCUGAGGUUGAUUUUAAGGGUAAGAUCAAUUUGUCUUUAGGCCUUAAGUUUCCUUCUACAUAUGUCUUUAGAAAAGCGUUAAGGUACCAUGCUAUUGAAUGUGGUUACAAUUAUUAUUACCUGCAUAAUGGUAGAAAUAGAAUAACUGUGUAUUGCUACAAUAGAUGCGAUUGCGUGAAAUCGAAAGCUAGAAUUGUGAACUGUGUUUGUGGGAAGGAUAAGAAGUGUUGUUUUAAGGUUCAUGCUGAUUGGAGGGAAAAUCCAAAUUGGGAAUUAAAGGCAUUUAAGAAACGGGUAAACAGGGAGUUAGGUUGUGAAGUGAAUGAAGAGUAUAGCAGGGUGUGGGAUUAUGCGGAAGCAAUAAGGAGGUUUAACCCUGGAAGCACUGCAAUCGUGAAAUGCAUCGGAAUAGACACACCUCCACCCUUGUUUCAAAGGAUGUACAUAUGUUUGCCAGCAUGUAAGGAGGGUUUUGUUGCUGGCUGUAGGCCUAUUAUAUGUGUUGAUGGUGCACAUUUGAAGGGACAAUUCCCUGGGGUUUUGCUUACCGCUGUAGGUAAGGAUGGGAACAAUAACAUCUUCCCCGUUGCAUGGGCUGUCGUCGAAACAGAAAACGUAGAAACUUGGACUUGGUUUCUAAAUCUCCUUGUAGAAGACCUAAAGUCGGUUAGUUCAUCAAGUAGUUGGGUACAAGCAGGAUGUGAAGAUUUUACGUUCAUGAGCGAUAGGCAAAAGGGUUUGAUUGAAGCUUUGAACGCAGUGGUUCCUGAAGCCGAAAUUAGGUUCAUGUAUAGUGGAUCAACAAAGUCAAAUAUAGAGCUGUAUUUGAAUUGA